CAGUGGUCGCGAGAACAUCCCUAUAUAAUUCAUUGCGGCUACAACUGAAACAGGAAGAGGGUGGAGAGAUAGCUGCUGCAAUGGAUCCAAGUAAAGAUGGUAAACGGUCCUAUUCAUGUCGGAGCGCCCUGUCGAAGAAGCUGGUUCCUUUCCUGAACAGGGAAGAACUUACAGACAUCCAUGUCAAGGUUGGUCAACGAACAUUCGCUGCUCAUCGGCUCGUGCUGGGUUCCUGGAGCGAUGAACUGGCAAAUCUGAUUAAAACUGCUUCUGAUAACGUCAUAGAGCUCGCUCAGAAUGCCACCGACAAGGAGAUCGAGGUUUUUGAAACGGUGUUGAAUUUCCUCUACACGGGCGAGAUGAGUUUCUCAUCGGGCAACGUGAGAAUGGUGAUGAGUCUGGCCAAUAGACUGGGACUCAAGAAGUUGGGCGAUAUGGCUCAGGACUGGGUAGGAGACAUGAUAAACCAAGGGAGUAUGGUCGGUGCCAUUACGUGGUUGAGGGAUACAGAUGAAUACGACUACGUUUCCUUGAAGAACGAUUGCCUGCGUACACUAUCUCUGUACUUCCAGUACAUCCCAGAGGCAUCAUGGUUAGGAUUAAGUCUGAAGGAGCUUUGUAGUAUUCUGGAAAGGAGAGAUCUUGUUGUGGAUAAUGAAUUGGAGGUGAUCACUCGCGUGGAUGAUUGGCUCAAGGCAAAAGGCAGCAUUGAAGACAACAAGGAUCUUUAUCUCGAAAUAGUUCCUAAAAUUCGAUUUCCUUUAGUUGAAAUAGCUGAACUUUUGCAUCUCCAAGAGACUUCACCAAUCGUCAAAUUUGCAACUGACUAUUUUCCUUCGAUUUUGAAUGAGUCGUUCAAGUACAGAGCUCUCUCCAGCGAAGUAGGUCUGACUGUCUCCAAUGCCGAUAGCCGAGGUAGCCAUCUUCAAGCAAGUUACGCUUUUCUCAAGAAAUCAGACUUUCAACCACGGCUGUACCUGGACUUCGUUCCACCUGGAAAGAUUAGCAGCUCCAAUCGCUCUCAAAGAUCACAGCGUCGAAAUGGUUGCUUUGAAGAGAUCAGCAUCGAUGCUUACAAAACCGAGAUGAAGUGUGAGGUCAGGGAAGCCACCGGAGCUUGGUCAGUGGAAACUCGAUCCCGAUUCUUCAGUUUCGUGCUGAGGCUGGAGCCUAUCCAAGUGGGAGACACGGAAGCCUGGGGCGUGAGAUAUGAGAUCACAUUAAGCAAAUCGUAUCAAUGCAAUGCAAGAUACGUAAUGGUUCUUGUAACACGGCCUCAGGACAAAGACUCCGACUUCUACCUACCUGAGAACCCCAUAGUGAUGACGAAAGAAGGUUCUUUGAGCAAGUUAUCAGGUAUCAGUCCUUCAGAUACUAUCAGUGUUUCCACUCAGCCGAUCUUUGCUGGAAGAAAGCCAAAGAAAGUAGAAGUUGCAGCUAUUGUGUAUUUGAUGAUGACGGAACCCUCCGUAAACUUAAUUUAGUAGCCCUGGGACGAUAUCAAAUCAAUGCACAAAGUUCGAUCAUCCUUCAGAUUUAAAUUAAAUGACAUAAUUCGAGUAUAGGCCUUCAUUUCUUUCAGCUCUGAUAAAGAACAUCAAGAUGAUCAUAUCAUAAUGUUAGAAUCAUGACUAUCUAUUCUUGUAUGUUCCAACAUAAGAUAAUGCUUAAUGAUAUAAAAACAGAGUUACCGGUAUGCAUUGUUGGAACAUCCAGACAAGUUGCAAAGCUAGGUGGUAAUCAUAUCAGUUGGAGACUCGGAGGCAGGGGCGGAUCCACGUAGCGA